UCCGUGUUCCCAGCUAGAAGUUUUUUCUUUCUGGUAUGCCCCCUCAACUCGGACUUCCCACGGGGAGAGUCGGAGCAGCCUCACCAACCCCAAAUUACCAAUGCAAGAAAGUGUAAUAAAACUUGUAAUCUGUACUGCCACGGUUGUGUAUUUGUGACUCGCUAAAUAAGCUAUUCACAGAGCACUGAACCUGAAUGAAUGUGCAGCAAUGGUCAAGAAGCAAAAUGCCUUUUUUUUCUCGCUUUUCCAACUUCACUGGAACGCUGUGACGUCACUCCUGACUUCCGGGUUAUCAGGACGCGGCAUGUAAAUAGUCCGGCUUUUUCCUCAGGUAUAUGUUCCUCAUCUCCACUCAUGAACAGGACACAGCUGAAGCGCUCUGGUAUCUUGAGGAUGGCUCUGAGUGAUUCUGGAACGAUGGAUCGGGAAGAAUCCGGAGAGACUUUCCUAUUCCGUGCAACCAGAAUAGCAGCUGUAGUUGCACUGUACUGGUUUGUUUCAAUAACGAUGGUGUUCCUUAAUAAUCACCUGCUGGACAACAAAGACUUGGACGCGCCGUUGUUUGUCACUUUUUAUCAGUGUGUCGUGACUGUUGCGCUUUGCUGGUUCAUGCAGCUGCUGUCGAAAGUGUGGCCGGGACUCAUCGACUUCCCCUCGGUCAAGUUUGAUCUAAAGACGUCCCGGGAGGUCCUACCGCUGUCCGUCGUCUUCAUCAGCAUGAUCACCUUCAACAACUUGUGCCUGAAAUAUGUCGGAGUGGCUUUCUAUACGAUCGGCCGUUCUCUGAGCACAGUUUUCAACGUGCUGCUAUCGUACAUUAUCCUGAAACAAACCACAUCUUUCACAGCUCUGCUGUGCUGUGGAAUCAUAUUAGGUGGAUUCUGGCUCGGCGUGGACCAGGAAGGCAUAGCGGGUUCCCUCUCAUGGACAGGCGUAUGUUUUGGGGUGCUGGCUAGUGCCUGCGUCUCUCUCAAUGCCAUCUACACUAAGAAGGUAAUGCCUGCUGUGGAUGGGAACAUCUGGAAACUGUCCUUCUAUAACAAUAUCAAUGCCUGCGUCCUCUUCCUCCCGCUCAUCCUUAUGUUUGGAGAGCUGAGCCAACUCGCCGGCUUCAGCCACCUCACUGACCUCAACUUUUGGGGAAUGAUGACACUCGGAGGAGUGUUUGGUUUCGCCAUAGGCUAUGUUACAGGCCUCCAGAUCAAGUAUACAAGCCCACUCACACACAACGUCUCAGGAACUGCAAAGGCCUGUGCACAGACUGUUAUUGCGGUAGUGUACAACAGUUCCACUAAAAGCCUGCUGUGGUGGACCAGUAACAUGCUGGUUCUUGGUGGGUCAUCUGCCUACACUUGGGUGAAAAGUCUAGAAAUGAAGAAGAGACCUCACACAGUCUCUGAGGACUCAGACAAGGAAGAAUUGCUGCCUGGGAACAAAGUCAACCAGGGAGUGUAACCACUGUAACCUACAGAUCAGGAAUCUUGGGGUUUUAUUUCAAAAGGGAUGGGAAUGUUGUUAGUGUACAAAUGAUAUUUUUUUCUUUACAAAAAUUAUUCAGAAUGAUAACACUGGCAUCACAAGGAAGCAUUGCAUUUCUAUGCCGACUAUUUAAUUAUGAUUAUAGUGAAGUUUGUCUGUUAUUUCAUAUGUGACAAGAAGACAGGAUAUGUGUAAUAACUUGUAGUUUGUGGAGGAUGUGAUGGUAAUCAGAAACCUUGUGUUAGUGGGAUUGACCUACAGUAGGUCUUUUAACCUUAAAGAAAACAGUCUUUGAGUGUUUCACUCCGUAAACUAUUUACUACUUGCUUUUAAACUAAAUAAGAUUAGGAUUUGAAAAUAAGUACAAAUUGUUAUCAGGUAUAUUAAAAUAUAAUGACAUUUUCAUACAAAAGCGAAGCAGAUCAGAAAGGGACCUGUUUGAAGAGUCACAUGAAGGUUUCAUAUGUUUCUAUGAUUGUAGCAGGAUUUAAAGUAUUUAUUUUUAUGUCACAGCAAUGUAUAACUGCACCUGUCUCUGCUUCCUGCCUUGAUGUAUGUGACAAGAAAAGCUGUUUAUGAAAAGGAACAUCUGGAGCAAUUGUAGUAAAGUCUGAGUUUUGACACCAGUUCCUGUUACACUUGUUAAGAAAAUGUUAAAGGCCAGUCUGAUUUCCUCGUGUCCCUUUCACUUCCCUGUGUGACAAAUGAACCUGGCUGUCAUAUCAUUGGCUCAUAUUGGAUGUGGGCCUUGGAAGACUCAUCAUUUCCACACAGAUAUAGAUGUAUUACAGUUGUUCAUCCAUCCAUCCAUCCAUCCAUCCAUCCAUUUUCUUCCACUUAUCCGGGGCCAGGUUGCGGGGGCAGCAGCC